AUGUCGAAUAACAAAGAUGAGAGUGCUUCUCAGGAUGCAGCUGAACGAAUCAAGGCUGCAGCAUUAUCUGCUGCAAAAGGUCUUAGCAGAGCUCAGGCUGAACGUGCAGCUGCGGCUGCUGCUCGGAAUGUGAAUGCAUAUGGGCAGAAGGAAGAGGGGCCCAGUAGAUGGCAAGAGCGGAAAGAAGCAAAGAGGCAAAUGUAUUUGAUGAGCACUGAGAAACAAGUGAGAUUGGGCGAAAGAAAAGAUCUCAAGUCCUCAACAUCCGUCCUUGGGACUGCUUCCCAAUGUCAGAAGUGCUUCCAAACUGGGCACUGGACAUAUGAGUGCAAGAAUGAGAGGGUUUAUAUCUCAAGACCAUCACGUACACAGCAAUUGAAAAACCCCAAACUUAGGAUGAAGGUUUCGAUUUCUUAUGAUCUGGACAACCCAGAUAUUGAAAAGGAGGAAAAGAACGAAAAACGUGACAAAAAGAGUAAGAGGAAGCAUAAAUCAGACACCGAGUCUGAUAACGGCAGUGAGGCUUCAGUAUUUGAGUCGGAGAGCGGAGCGUCAUCAGUUACCGGAUCUGAUGAUUCUUCGGGGGAGAGUGAGUCUAGUUAUAGUUCAUCGACUGAUUCUGAGGAGGAGAGGAGGAGAAAGAGGAAGAACAAGAAGAAGAAGCAAAGGAAGAGAAGCCAUCGGAGAUACAGCUCCUCAUCAGAGUCAUCUGAUUCAUAUUCAGAUUCAGAAUCUGAUUCAGAGGACAAGAGCAGAAGAAGCAAGAACAAGAGCAAAAGCAAAGGCAAAGGCAAGAGCAGUGGGAGCAGGAGGCAUAGCAGAAAGCACUGA